UAUCUCUCCUACCAGGGUGUGUGUGAGAGACGGUGUGUUUGUGAGUCAACUCAGGCCUUAACAAUGAAGACCUGUGUCCUGCUGUUGCUGGUGUUGGGGUGCAUGCACAUCCACGGUGCACCGGUGGAGCAGGAUGGCCUGAUACCAGAAUCAUGUGAUGAUGCAUCAGUUGUGAAGGCUGCUCAUUCAGCUCUCACCAAGAUCAACCAGGAUCGAAAGGAGGGCUACAUCUUCACCCAGCACCGCCUGUCCAACGCACAUGUGGCAAAACAUGGAGAGGCUGGUGUGGUUUACUACCUGACUCUUGAUGUCGUGGAGACGAAAUGCAGUGUUGUCAGUAGGAAGGACUGGAAGUUGUGUGAGGCUCGUUCAACUGCAGAAAUGCCGGUAUAUGGACAAUGCAAAGCUGUCAUCUAUAUCAGUAGAGUGCACAGAGUAGUGCGUCUGUACAAAUACAACUGUGUUAUCAGACCAGUUCCUGCACGUAGGGUGUCAGAAAUAUGUCCAGACUGCCCAGGUUUAAUCGGUAAAGAUAAUGAAGAGGUCAAGAAGACAGUGACUCUCUCACUGCAGAAGUUCAACAGCGAGAGUGGGCUGAACAAUCAUUUUGCUCUUCUUAGCAUCUCCCGUGCUACUGCUGGGAUGGCCAUGAAAAUGUAUUACCAUGUGGAGUACACCAUCCAAGAGACCUCCUGCACCAGGACCUCAGCAACUGAUAACUGCCCUCUGAUGACAUGCGAGUUCGCUCACAAGGGAUUCUGUACUGCAUCCCUUUACUACCUCCCCGACAAUGAAGAAAAGAUUUCUGUAAACUGUGAGAUCUAUGAGCCUGAGGCUGCUGAGAGGGAGAAGAAACUCCACCUGCUGGGCGGAGAGACUGACCACAGCCACAAUGACACGGACUCACACAACCAUGACCACGACGCCGCUCACUCUGCCGACAAAUCACACACACACGACCACGUGCACGACCACACCAAGGGUCACUCUAAUCAGGACGACACCCACAAGCACGCUGACGGCAGUGACCACCACCACACACAUGACCACAAGCCAGGCAGCGCCCACAGGCAUGCCCACGAUCACUCCCACGAUCACGGGCAUGGCCAUGAUCACGUGCACACUCAUCACGCCAAGGCACACAACCACAGUGGUGACUUCCCUCACCAGCACCAUGACUACAAGCAUGCAGAUGGCGUGCAUACCCACCAGCAUGACCACGAGCUUGCUCUGGACCACAACCAUAAGCACGCUCACCUGCAUGAGCACGAGCACCACCAUCAUCACCACAGCCAUGAGCAUGAGAACGAAACACACGACCACCCAGAAGGUAUGGUAAGGAUGCUGCCCUCCAUGGACCAGCCUAUGAUCCUGCCUUCCUUCCCAGAUGUCCCCGCCGGUGGACCUGAAGUUGGAGUCACCCUCCCCCUCAAGCCAGACCCUCAGAUUCCAGGGGUAACAGAGCCCACCAUCCUGCCCUUCCCUACCUCAGUCUCAGCCAAGUGCCCCCCUCCAAAGGUAGGAAACGACCUGGUGGAGAAACUUUUCGCUGAAGACCCCAUGUUCAAGCCCACCGCGUAAAGAAGCCUGUGGAACUAAAAUAAAAACAGUUCCUAAACCACUGACAGAUUUAAGCAAAGAAAAGACAAGAAAACUAUUACAUACAUUUGCAUUCACCUAACUGAUUGUAUGUCUUGACUUUCAACCGUUUAAUAAAGAGCGUGCACAAAAAAUUAGAUUUAUUACCUUUUUAUCUGCUUGUAACAACAUGUGCAUGAGUAAUAAAGUAAUAUAACCACUAA